UCAUACGGGGUAAAAUAAAGAGGAAACAUUUGGUCAAAUUUUUACUUCAAAAAAAUAUAUAUAUGGUCAAAUUUUAGCCUAUCUUCGCACCUUGGUCAAAUUCUUAUUUUAGUUAAUCUAGCAUUCAAAUUCCAAGCAGCUCCGAAGUCUAAUAAAUCCUCUAUCAAGCCACCACCAAGUCCCUUCCACCUCGCCUCUUUGCCUCUCUUUCCUUCACUCUGAUUAAUAUCUGAACUCAAGAAAUGGGCUGCCGUGAAGUAGUCCUAGUCUUGGUGGCCCUCCAAGCCACCACCACUAUCUUGCUGCAGAGAGCAGCUGCAGGAGACUUUCUGGCUCCUCUUCUUGCCCCUGUUAUCAAUGCCACCUGUGAUAACGUGGAGUGUGGGAAGGGAACCUGCAAGCCAUCACUCAACUACACUUUUGGGUUCCUGUGCGAGUGCAACCCCAGCUGGUCUCAGUUCUACAACUUCUCCUCCUCUCCCUGCGUCAUCCCAAACUGUAGCAUCAAUUACUCUUGCUCCAACCAUUCAGAAGCUCCAGCACCCUCACCAGCCCCUCCACCAAAUACCUCCAUCUUUGACUCAUGCUUCUGGUCUUAUUGUGGAGGGGGGAAGUGCGUAAAGACAUCGACUUUCGAGCACCGAUGUGAAUGCGAGGAGGGUUUCAGCAACCUUCUGAACAUAACCAGCUUCCCAUGUUAUAGAGACUGUUCUCUUGGGGCAGAUUGCGCAGAGUUAGGCAUCACAUUGUCGAAUGCCACAACCCCAUCUUCUCCACCUAGUCUAUCAGACAAUGGCAGUUCAUUUGCUGGAGAUUCCUUUGCACCAAACAACUUACUAUGGUUGUUCAUAUUGAUGAUUUCUCUCAUCAUUGUUUGAGCAACAUAGAUGGAAGUCAGAGCGUCAGAGAUGGGAUUCUUCCACUGAUAUAUAGAUAGCAUUCAUAAGAUGUUUGUCUUUAGAUUAGAUUUACACCACUGUUCAUUUUGUUUACUUAUUGGAGAUUUUAUGCAAAUAACAGCUGCAGUGAACCAUACACUGAUGAAUUUGGAGGUCUUGUGUUUCAUUGAUCCAAAUUUUUGGAUAGGAAUAAUGAUUUGAAUAUGGAUAUAUGUAUAUUUAAUAAAACAUGGAGUUCGCCAUGUAGCC